UUCCUCUUCCUCUUCCUCUUCCUCUCUCUCUCUCUCUCUCUCUCUCUCCUCUAUCACCCACCACCGCCAAACCUCUUUAUCUCGCGAAAAUACUUCCAGAGAUCUCCGCUCCAUAUUACGUCGUCCAAUAAUGAUACGACAUAGAUUCUUCUCUUGUUAUCCCUGUUUCUUUCCCGUAUAAUCCACCUCUCUCUACGUGUCUUUUUUUUUUGUUGAUUUUUUUUUUCAUUUUAUAAAAAGAUCUCUUUUCCCAUCUUUUCUCUUCUUUGUUUUCGUCGUCGUUUUCGUUUUUUGCUUCUUUUGUGUUUUGCUUUUGCUUUGCUUUGCUUUGCUAAUUAUUGUCAUCAAUUAAACCAACAUUUAACGAAUCGUCGUACUAAUUUUCAUCUACCUACUCUCUACUACCGUCUUUCCGAUCUCGUGUUUAUUCUCUCCAUCUAGAAACAUUUUCAUUCCUUGUGCUUGAAGUUUGUUGUUGUCGUCGUUGCUGUACUCAUUUUCUUCUUUUUCUCUUGUCUUUUGGAUUCCUUUGUUGUUUUCAGGAAUCUUUCACGGCCACCAAACGAAUUCUUCUUUUGCAUACUACCAUCCUCCAAAUUGUUUGUUUUCUACCACUUUUAGAAAAUAAUUUUUUUGUUUUUUUUUUAAAAAAACAAAAAGAGAAAAAAAAAAAAAAAGAUUAACAAAGGUGGUGUUUUCUCCUUUUUCUUUUGUUUUUAUUUACACACGUUCUAUAAUCAACUUGUAACAUUAUUCUCUUUUGAUCUUUCCUAUUCAAUUGUUCCUUCCCUUUUGGAUUCUACCCAAGUCAUCGCUUCUUGCUCAUCAAGAAUCAUUCCCUACAUUCUCCUUCGUUUCACUUUCUUUCUAAAGGUUUUUCCAUCGACUCUAUUCCCACUUAUCGACUCGUCUUACCUUUGUCUUUUAUUUCUUUUCAUGAUUAUACCCAUACGAUAGUAAAAUCUCUCUUGUCUCUUCUAUUUUCAUCGUUUUACAAUCCCCUCUCUCUACACAUACAUUCUCCAUCAUGUCUAACGCUUAUUCACUUCCUCAUAUGCCCUCCAUCACCACUACUGCCGCCCCUCCCUCUAUCUCUGCUUCUUCCCAUCACCCAUACCCUCCUCCUCCUCCAACGGAUUCCUCCUUUUCCUAUUCUUCUUCCCAACCACGCCUUCCUCCCAUCAAUUGUAUCGCCAAACCUUUUCAACAAUCUUCUUGGCCCCCUCUUUCUUCUUCCUCUUCUUCUUCCUCCUCCUCCUCCUCCAACCCCGUGAAUGACUCUUCCUCCUCCUCCACUCCCUCUUCUGCCAUCAUGAAUGAUCAUCCCUCUUCCUCCCGUCACACCACCUCUACUUCAACUUCUUCUUCUUCUUCUUCUUCUUCAGCAUCUUCCAACCCCAAUCCGUCUCUUCCCUCUGCCGCCCCUCCUUCUUUAACUUCCAACAACAAUCAUACUCCUUCUUCUUCCUCUCCCGAUUCCGUACACUCCUCUCCUUACUCAAAUUCAAACAAUUACAUGCCCCUUCCCUCUCAACAAUCCGUCUCUUCUAAUCCUUCUAUCCGGAACGAUGCUUUUACCACCUAUGUUCAUUCCGUCCAGAAUCCAAACCCUCCUCCUCCCCUUCAACCUCUCUACCUCACUCCCCAAAAUCUCCCUCCUUCCUCCAUUUCUUCGUUUUCAACCGAUUCUUCCACCCCUUCCCUCCCUACCCCCCUCCAAAUUCCUUACCCAGACUACCAUCACCAACACCACCAGUCUUACUACCAGCACCCUCACAAGCAACAGCCCCCUGCUUACAAUCCUUCUUCCGAUUCUUCCACCCUUUCAAAAGCUUAUCCACCAACUGGUCCUUAUCCUCUCAACGCAAACGUCCCUUAUGGCCGUAAUAACUAUUUGCGUCGUGUUACCUCCAUGGUUCCCGUUCAUACCGAGUACAUGAAUCCCUAUGUGCGAAACCCAGAACUUCGCACAAACCAUAAACUCGCCGAACGAAAACGUCGAAAGGAAAUUAAGGAACUUUUUGAUGACCUUAAGGAUGCUCUUCCCGUCGACAAAAGUACAAAGUCUUCAAAAUGGGGUUUGCUUACCCGUGCCAUUCAGUACAUUGAACAACUUAAAUCCGAACAAAUGGCCUUGGAAGCCCACAUUAGGAAUCUUGAAAAUCAACAACCUGGAGAGAAACAAUCUUGAUCUCAUACACCAAAAUUGUUUUUAAACAUUUCUGUUUGUGUUCUUGUUUUUUUUUUGGGUAUGUGAUUGCAAUAAGAAUUCCGUUCCGUUUUGAUGUUUUCCUCUGUUUUUCCGAUUUUUUAUAAUUUUUAUAUUCUCUUUUCUUUUCCUUUCUUUCUAUGUAUUCCUAAAACAUAAUGAUUGUUUCUUUUUCUGGUAGCUGCUGCUCUAUUAUCUCUCAACACAGCUUUGUACUCUUUUUUUUUUGUUUUAGAAAAAAAAAAAAAAAAAAAAGUUGAAAUAUUUACAGACUGUUUGAUUGUAGCAUGUUUGUUACACUCCUCAAUACAUUUCUCAUAGAAAUUGCCAAUCGUGCUUCCGACAUGGCCUUUCCUCAUAUGAAUUUUCAAACUUGUAUCUCGUUACUUCUAUUCUCAUCUUCUGCUUUUUUCUCUACUGUUGUGUCUUUUUUUUCUUUUUUUUUUUUUUUAAUUUUUACAUACAUAUAUGGUUUUUUAUAUAUAUGUACAUAUAAUUGUCUCUUCGAUUUCUCAUUCAUGUUUUCCGGUAAUUGUUUUACUCUCUCCGUUUUCGUAUAGUUGUAAUAAAUGUUAUAAACUCAUUUUAGACCA